GACCAAGCUUUCCCCGUCUGUCUGCACCUGAUCGGCUCUUUCGCUUCCUGCAAAAUGACUGGCCAUAACACCAAAUGGGGAAUGAUCCGCUUUCUGAAACUGGUGUUAUUAAGUUUAUUGCUGAUAUUGCUUAUUUUAUUUUUGGUGGCUGCAGUUAGGACUUUGACGUUAGAGGUGAAUGCGGGUCUUCAGCUUGCGCCAUGGGAGAAAACAGCCAACAUAUCAGCCAAUAUCAGUAAACAGGAGAGAGCGGUGCUGCUGGCAAAUUUCAAAGAGGCCAUUCAGAUCCCCACAGUGUCAUUCUCUGAGACUGAACAGAACACAAGUGCUCUGCGAGAGUUUGACCAGCUUCUGAGAAAAGUCUUCCCCACAGUCUUCUCAUCCAGCCUGGUUAAGCAUGAGGUGGUGGCUAACUACAGCCACCUGUUCACCGUGCUGGGGUCUGAGCCGGAACUGGUGCCCUACAUGCUGCUGGCACACAUUGACGUGGUGCCAGCGAAUGAGGCGGACGGGUGGGAGGCCCCUCCCUUCUCCGCUAAAGAGCUGAAUGGGUUUAUUUAUGGACGAGGGACCAUCGACAAUAAACAGUCUGUCAUGGGGAUCCUUCAGGCGCUGGAGUACUUGUUACAGCGAGGAUAUGUUCCACGGCGAGGGUUCUACAUCGGUUUGGGUCACGAUGAAGAGGUGAGCGGCUUUAGUGGGGCGGUGAAUAUAGUUAAAGUGCUGAAGAGCCGUGGAGUGAAACUGCAGUAUGUUCUAGAUGAAGGCCUGGCAGUGCUGGACGGAAUUAUAAAUGGACUGAAGGGGCCGGCUGCGCUAAUAGGUGUCAGUGAGAAGGGAUCAGCCACAGUGAAGCUGAGUGUCACCAUGAAGCCAGGGCAUUCCUCUAUGCCCCCUAGAGAGAGCAGUAUUGGCAUCCUGGCAGCUGCAGUCACAAGGUUGGAGGAACACCCGAUGCCCAGACUGUUUGGCUAUGGUCCUGAGCGAGCCACUUUUGAACACCUGGCACAUAAGUUUGGCCUGCCGCUCAGAUUCAUCAUGUCCAAUUUGUGGCUUUUCACCCCCUUGCUGAGCAGAGUAAUGGAGAGAAGACCUGACACGAAUGCUUUUGUCCGGACUACUACAGCAGUCACCAUGUUUAACUCUGGUGUGAAGAUCAAUGUGCUUCCAUCACACGCUGAGGCCUUUGUGAAUCUGCGCAUCCACUCUGCCCAAACACUGCAGGAGGUGAUGGAGCUGAUCAAGUCCACCGUAGCAGAUGAUCGUGUGAAGAUCGAGCUGGUGAGUGGGUUCAACCCCCUGCCCAUCAGCUCCUACACUGAGCAGUCCUUUGGGUUCCAGGUCAUUAAGAAGACAGUGCUGGACAUGUUUCCCCAGCUCACGGUGGCCCCGGGGAUUUGCGUUGGCAACACUGAUAGCCGUCAUUACACUGACCUCACCAAGGACAUUUACCGUUUUGCUCCGACCUGGUUUAAACCAGGUGACACCCAGAGGUUCCAUGGCAUCAAUGAGAGAAUUUCUCCUAAGAACUACGAGGAGCUUGUUGUGUUUUACUUUCAGCUCUUCCAGAACUGUGACAUCAGAAACUUGCCCACCCCUCACGCCAGUCAGCAUGAGCUGUGAGCCUGUUUUAGAGCCAGUUUUAGCUGAUCAAUAUUUUAUUUUAAGAUGCUCAUACAAAAUUGAUAAAAUAUUUCUGUGAUUUUUCUUUUGUUGGACAACUGAUCUACUCAGGAAUUAUCUAGAACAGUGAGAAAGAUCAUGUAUUACUCAGGAACGCUACAGGAAAGGAAUGAUAUAGCAGAAACUCCUUGCAAAUAAGGAGUCUGGCCUUGUCAGGAGUUAAUCCUCUUGAAUGAUGGAAUGAUAUAGAAAAUUCUAAAUGAUAUGUAGGAGAACACUAGUAGUCACCAACCCAGGUCUUGGAGAUCUACCUUCUUGCAGAGAACAAGUGUUCUGUUUUUACUAAGUACAAGGAAAAGUGUUGAAAUUAUUAAAUAUUGUAUGAAAUGGAGAUUAGAUUGAAAAGUAGUGGUGUAUUCUAUUAAUUAAUUAAUUAAUUAAUCUAUUGUUGACACACAGGCCUGUUGAUUCAGGCCUGUUAUCUAGAAGUUUUAUCAAUACUGCUAAACUGAGAUAGUUGGUUUCAGGAGUGACCCCUCUUGAGUAGAAAAGCUAAUUGUUAUGAAAGUAGCAUUGAUGAGCUCUUGUAAUGGUAAUGGCACUGACAAAGUCUCCGCCAAGCACAGUUACUGACCAUAUUUAGACCAAAAAAAAAAACUAUGCUACCAAUGACUGUUAGACUGGCAUGUGGGG